CUAGGGGCGGCGGACCAAGAAAUACAUGCGUGCGCAUUCUUUUUAGGGCGGAGUGCAAAGAACAAGCGCGUUCAUACACACACAUCUUACACUUCAACAGACGACAACAGAACAGAGGAUGGGGCGAGGAAGUCGAAAGUGAGCGUGCGUGGCUAGGAGGCGGGGAAGCAAGCGACAGCGCACGCGCACAGUGGGGACGGCCCUUCGCAACACCUCGCGUCUCUGCCAGUUUGCAAAUACUGUAUGAUGAUGAUGAUGUCACCCAUUAGAGAGCUUUUUCUUUUUCCAGUUAUGGCGGAGCUGAAGUUAUCAAAGUUUUUGUGAUUUUUCAAGUUGGCAUUUCUGAUUUCAUGGAGCAAAUUCAAGGUGCUUGGAAGACCCUGAGCAAUGGGUUUGGGCUUAAGGAUUCUGUUUUCGACAGUCCCUCUUGUGCAACCCCCACUUUUGCACAGGACUUUGGUUUCCAGAGACGCUCUUCAGAAGAUGGGAAAAUCAGUGAUCAAAGCCGGGCAAGCAGUACUAUUCGUGUCUAUCUGCCCAACCAGCAGCGCACAGUGGUUAAUGUGCGACCUGGCAUGACCCUUCAUGAUUGCCUCAUCAAAGCUCUAAAGGUUCGAGGACUGCAGCCUGAGUGCUGUGCUGUUUUCCGGCUGCUACAUGGCCAAAGAAGCAAAAAAUCCCGCAUGGAUUGGACAACAGAUGCCACUUCUUUAAUUGGUGAGGAACUGUUGGUGGACGUUUUAGAUCAUGUGCCUCUUACUACACACAAUUUUGUUCGUAAAACGUUUUUGAAGCCAGCCUUUUGUGACAUCUGUCAGAAGUUUUUGUUGAAUGGCUUCCGUUGUCAGACAUGUGGCUACAAAUUUCAUGAGCACUGCAGUACAAGGGUCCCAACAAUGUGUGUAGAUUGGAGCAACAUCCGUCAGCUUCUCUUAUUCCCAAAUCCAAAUGAAGCUGGAUCAAUGACAUUGCCUACCCCAAACCCGCGGCGAACAAGAGAUUGCAGUUCCCGUUUCACAGGCAGCUCCCUACACAGGCAUUCAACCCCCCAUGCCUUUAAUUACAUCACACCUUACCCGGCCACAGAGGGAACUCUUUCCCAGAGACAAAGAUCCACGUCCACACCCAACGUCCAUAUGGUCAGUACAACCAUGCCAGUUGACAGCAGUGUCAUAGAGGUAGAUUGCCUGACUGCUUCCCCCACUUCUUGGUGCCAUCGCUUUUGCCCAAGAGGACGAGAUGUGAUAAGAAAUCAGGAAUCAGGGAGCCCUCCUGACCUGAGUCCAACGGGCUGGUCACAGACAAAGACCCCUAUUCCUGCUCAAAGAGAGCGUGCUGUAGCCUCAAAUACUCAAGAGAAAAAUAGAAUUAGGCAAAGAGGACAAAGAGAUUCCAGUUACUACUGGGAGAUUGAAGCUGCAGAAGUUGUAUUGCACUCCAGGAUAGGCUCUGGUUCAUUUGGUACUGUUUACAAAGGAAAAUGGCAUGGUGAUGUUGCAGUAAAGAUCCUAAAGGUAACCGACCCAACUCCUGAACAGUUACAGGCUUUCCGAAAUGAAGUGGCUGUCCUGAGAAAGACAAGGCAUGUGAACAUCUUGCUGUUCAUGGGCUACAUGACAAAGGGCAAUCUAGCCAUUGUAACACAAUGGUGUGAAGGAAGCAGUCUUUACAAGCACAUACAUGUCUUGGAGACAAAUUUCCAGAUGUUCCAAUUGAUUGACAUUGCCAGGCAGACGGCCCAGGGCAUGGAUUACUUGCAUGCAAAGAAUAUUAUUCACAGAGACAUGAAGUCCAACAAUAUUUUCCUACAUGAAGGGUUAACAGUGAAAAUUGGUGAUUUUGGCUUGGCGACUGUCAAAGCAAGGUGGAGCGGCUCUCAUCAGGUGGAGCAGCCAUCGGGCUCCAUUCUCUGGAUGGCACCUGAGGUCAUUCGAAUGCAAGACAACAACCCAUACAGCUUCCAGUCGGACGUUUACUCCUAUGGUAUUGUGCUGUUUGAACUAAUGACUGGAGAGCUGCCGUACCGACAUGUGUCCAAUAGAGACCAGAUUAUUUACAGUGUUGGGAGGGGAGUUUUAAGUCCAGAUCUAAGUAAGCUGUACAAAAACUGUCCCAAAGCCAUGAAGAGGAUUGUUGCAGAGUGCAUAAACCCAGUUAAGGAAGAAAGACCACUCUUCCCACAGAUAUUGUCAUCAAUAGAACUACUGCAGCACUCUCUUCCUAAAAUCAACCGCAGUGCCUCCGAGCCAUCACUUCAUCGUGCCAGUCACACCGAGGACAUUAAUUUAUGCACUUUCACCUCCGUGAAGGUGCCAGUCUUCUAGCAUUCAGCAAAAGGACGUCUUGCUGAGUGCAAUUUUCCAAGUUGAUAUUUUGUAUUUCCUCUAUUGUCUACCAAGGACAGUGAACCCUAAGCAACCAGAUGUUGCACUGCUUCAUUUUAUUUUUAGCUAUUUGGGAUGGCACACCACCCCCUGGCUAUGAUGUGCAUCUUCAGCAGGUGGUGGCUGCAGUGGACAUGUCACCCCUAUAGACUGCCGAAGCUGCAUGUCUAGCUGUGGCACUGAGUGCAAUGUUGUCUUUGGGGGCAGCCUUUUAAAGGGUGACUGCGCGUGUAUGGAAUGAUGUUUCUUUAUUGUCUAAAUCAUUUGGUUUUAAUUUUUUUUUGUUUAUUGCGAGACUCAGGAUAAACACUUUAUUGUAAACCUGAAGAUGUUUGUUUAAUCCGGCGGAUUGUAAUAAAACUAAGUUAAAUAUAA